CUGGUGCCUAGAUGUACAUGUGAAAAAUUCCCUACUUAUUCAAUUCGCCCAGCUUAAUCCGACCUCUGCAUGCCCUCCUGUCCAACCCAGGAUCCAGCUCCUAUUCCCCAAACUCGGGGACGCGCGCUUAUCCAUUCUUCCUGCCUUUGACCUUUACACUGGCUUUACCAAGCAGGUAAUCAUGUUGAUAGGCCUAUGCGGAGCCAUAUGUUCUGGGAAGCAUGCUGUCGCAGAUUAUCUGAUACAGAAGGAGGGCUUUCGACUUCUCAAAUUGAAAGAUGUCAGCUCCCUUCGAGUAACUGAUGAAGCCGACGGCGAUCGCCAAUUACAGGCACUGGAGUCUGCAGAGGAUGAAAGUAGUCCGCCACCGCACCUUAUAUUUGAGGACUCUAAAGCCCUCUUAGACUUCGUAACCAAACGAUGGCAAGAACAUUGGGUUACAACAGACAUCUGGGAUGUCACUAUCUUAGACCGUUUCUUUCAACGCCCCUUCUUCCUUCUAGUUAGCGUUGAUGCGCCGGUGAGCUUGAGAUGGAAGCGAUUUGUGGACAGAUGCCGGGAUAGACUGGUCGAACCACCGCCUUUGGAAAAAUUUGUAUUAUGGAAUGACAGACAUCUCUACGACAAAAAUGUUGGACGCGCAUACCUCACUGAUCGGGCACAAGUACGGCUGUUCAAUUCCUCUUCUUCAUUUGAUGAACUGCAUGCGGCUCUCAGAGCCCUCAAUCUUGCCGACGAGGAGCGGUUACGGCCUAAUUGGGAUCAGUAUUUCAUGGAGCUGGCAUCUUUAGCCGCUCAGCGAAGUAACUGCAUGAAGCGAAGGGUGGGCUGCGUGCUUGUCCGUGAUCGUCGUGUCAUAAGCACAGGGUAUAAUGGAACCCCCAGGCACAUUAGAAAUUGCAACGAGGGCGGCUGUCCAAGGUGCAACCGUGGUGAGGGUGGAGGUGUGGGUUUAUCAACAUGCCUCUGCCUCCAUGCCGAAGAGAAUGCGUUGUUAGAGGCCGGAAGAGAGCGCAUACGAGAGGGUGCAAUACUCUAUUGUGACACGUGCCCUUGCUUGACAUGUACCGUCAAAAUUACACAAGUUGGGAUAACAGAAGUCGUAUACUCGCAAGGGUAUAAUAUGGAUAACGAUAGCGCUGCUAUUCUAAAAGCGGCCGGGGUAAAACUUAGGCAAUUCUCUCCGCCUCGAAAGGGGCUCAUUUAUCUUGAGAGCUUUGGGGGUACUAACUAGGUUUGUGCGGCCCUGAUAUGGGUGUCACUCGGCCGAAUAGAUUCGAGUUUAAUCUUGAUUAUCUCUCCAAAUUGCAUAAUCCUAAGUCAUGGAACUUAACAAGUCUGGAGAUGAGCCGAUUAUGAGUGUAUUGGAAUUCAUAUUUCAGACUCAGUCCCGCUUUAGCACAUGUCCACCUGCAGUACUAAGGCGCUAUGCAGUGAAUACAUGUAUAUUGCCGGCUAUAUCUGCGGCCGGCUCCGAUGGAGUUCAGGUAUCGCCGUUACUCCCAGCGACGCGAUAGCGGAGAUGUUUGGGUUUAACAUACAGUCAUCCUCCGGUUGUUUGUUUACGUACUGUGCUCCGUAGUCACCU